UACGCCACAGUCAUCCCUCUAGUAGCAAACCCACCCUGUGUAAUCUUCAACCUCUCAACUCAUCUUCUAUUGAAGUUUUGCCAGUCCGCAGAUUCACCAUGGCUAGUCUUCAACAACGCACGAGCAAGGCCCCUAAGCGUAGCUUCCAGCAAGCCUCACAAGGGUCUUCCAUGGGUAUGAGGGCCACCACCAUCUUCUACGGGGGUAAUAUCAUCACCAUGAAUGAGAACCACCCGCAGGCCGAGGCACUAGCCGUGGCCGGGGACACCAUCUUAGCCGUGGGUACGAUCGAGCAGGUGUUCCGCUUCGCCGGCCCGGACACCGAGGUCCUGUUCCUAAACAAGCAGACUCUCCUGCCUGGUUUCAUCGAGCCACAUCAACACGCUAUACAGUGCGCCCUCAUGGGUUGCCAGUACGUCAACAUCAGCGCCUUGACUUACAGGCACUACAGCGAGAUCUACGAAGUGAUUUCCGACACGAUGAGCGGGCUGACUGCCGGAGACUGGGGCAUCUUCUUCGGUUGGGACCCGGAACUCAUGAGUGAUCUACCCAUUCUGAGUGCCACCUUCCUGGACAACACUUUCUCCUCCACGAUUCCCAUCGUUGUGGUCGGCCAGAGUGGCCACGUUGCUUGGGCUAACACCCCGGCUCUUGACGUUUCAGGGAUUAAUGUAAACACUGAAAGUCCAUCAGGGGGUACGAUCGUCAAAGAUGCAAAUGGCUUUCCGACCGGGCAGGUCUUCGAGGAGCCCGCCAUCAUGAUGAUCAUGGGCAAUGCUCCUUUACCGGACGCCGCAGCCCUCGCCCAGGGUCUCCGUGACCAGUGGAUGACCUACGCCAAGGCUGGCUUUACCACCGUCACGGACUUGGCUUACAUGCCAACCCCAGAAAUGGACGAGAUGUUGAAACAGACUGCCGAUGACAUCGCCAACUUCCCCAUUCGUCUUGCUCUCUACAAGAUGACACAUGCCGUGACUGAUGGCGAUUUAGUCGGCAGACGUAUGGCUCCAUCCCCAAAGGUGAGGUGCUGCAGCGCCCUAGGCCGUAUUAAGAAGUCCAAGCUCCGCAGUGAGCAGUACACGGGCAGUGUGGGCAACUACAGCUCCCGUCUCUGGGAGGCUGGCCUCAAGCUGGUGGCAGACGGCUCCCCGCACUGCGGCACCGCAGCCACCCAAGAGCCCUACAUGACCGGCCCGCUGACCGACAUCCUAGGCUUUCCCCCAGCACCAGGCUACGGAACCCUGAACAUGGCCAGCGAUGCCCUCUAUGACACCAUCAAGAGGUCCCACUUGCAGGGGAAGCAGUUUGCGAUCCACUGCCACGGAGAGAGGAGCUCCGAACAGGUCCUGAGAGCUUACGAACAGGUCUUCAGUGAGUGCAAGAACCUGGACAACCGUCACCGCAUGGAGCAUCUUGGUCUCAUGACCCCGGAGCAGAUCGCCCGUGCCGGCAAGCUCAACCUCGGCCUGUCGUUCUUCGUGGAUCAUCUUCGGUUCUAUGGAUUGGUCUACAAGACGGACAUUUUCGGUGAUCGAGUCAACCGCUGGACUCCAAUCAGUGAGGCUACGAAGAACGGAAUCACUUGGACUAUUCACCAGGAUCACCCAACUUUCCCGGGUAGUGCAGCCCCCUUCAACAACAUCAAAACUGCCGUGACUCGCUGCACCAGGGACGACCCUAACACGCCCUACGGCCCGGAGUACUGCGUGACGGUACACGAAGCUCUGAAGUCCUAUACCGUCAACGCAGCCUGGCAGCUUCACAUGGAAAAGCUCCACGGGAGCCUCGCCGCAGGCAAGAAGGCCGACCUGGUGGUGCUCGACAAGAACCCGUACGACUUGGCCCCAGUCGACCUGGAUACGGUUCAAGUUGUCGACACUUUCGUCGAUGGGAUCAGGACCAAGCUGUCAAUUGUUAAGACGAUCCCUAAGGUUGAAGUCAAGUAUCUAGCUAAGCAAUAGAGAAAUCUGUUGAAUGUGUAAGGCCUGGGCUCAAUUUCAUAAAGCUGCUAAGCAGAAAAUACAGCUUGACGGAGUCCUUUGCCUAGCAA